AUGACAAACGCAACUUGGGACUACGACGGCCUAAGAGUCACCAUGACGUCUACAUUCGACUGGCGUUGGAGUGACUCUGGUAGUGGUGGUAAAAGAAACGGAAGUUACGGCAAUCCUGCCUACGGGGAGAUCACAGGCAAAAAAUCUGUGAUCCUCGUUGGGCCAAGUCCCAACGCACCUGCUGGGCGUUCCCCAGCAGUUGCAAGACCAACGAGCUACACAAACAUGUGGAGCGACAGUGGCUCUGGCGGAGCUAAUGAUGGUACCAUGUGGCGACCUGUAGCUCCGUCUGGAUACGUAGCAAUGGGAGAUGUCAUGGCUUCAGGGUACGGAAAACAGCCCAGCCUUAACGACGUCUGGUGCUUGCGUUCAGAUCUCACACGGCUGUCUACUUAUGAGGCAAGUGACUUUUGGAACGACGGAUCAUCUGGAGCGGACCGUAAUUGCUCAACAUGGAAGAUUGUCACCGAAACCAACGGUAUCGAUGGUUCCGAGUAUCUUCCUAUACCUCCUUACACCUUCCGUGUCUCGGCAAACUAUGGCAGGCCCGAUACGAGUUAUGCCGUCGUGCCGCUUCUCCGAGUUCCCAAUGCUUUUAAAAGGUUUGACUUUGCUUUACCGACUGUUACGAAAACAACCAUCCCUAGCACUGGCGACCAAUUUGGCCAGCAAGAACAAUGCUCUGCGGUGUUGCCUUUCAUAUUUUAUCUUCCGAACGACAGCGCGUGGAAUCUUGCUAGGAUCUCUAAGCCUUUCUAUACUGUCAGUCGAGAAAUUGCGUGGAAUACCAUCAAAUGGGGGAUAAGCAAGACUCAAAGUGAAGAGAUGGUGCACUCAGCUGGUGUCUCUGUCUCGGCUUCAUACGGUAUUAAAGGUUUCGAAAGUAGUGUUACACUCAAUUACCAGUUUACUCAAACUACUUCAAAAUCUUUUACCGAAUACCAAGAAGGAGAAACCACCGAGUCAUUCGUUGUUCCUGGAAAAACAGUGAAAGUCUUGUUCAGCAAGCAUAUCUGGUUGAAAGCUAAAGCUGGUGAUGGUACCAUGGCUAGUCAGGUAGAGAUGGUUGCUAAUAACGAUAUCCACUUUGGUGGUUGCGAUCUGAGCUAA